AUGAACGGCGGAACAGCGGCGGUGAGCCGGUUCAUCAAGUGCGUGGCGGUGGGCGACGGCGCCGUGGGCAAGACCUGCAUGCUCAUCUGCUACACCUGCAACAAGUUCCCCACCGACUACAUCCCCACCGUGUUCGACAACUUCAGCGCCAACGUAUCGGUGGACGGGAGCAUCGUAAACCUCGGCCUCUGGGACACCGCUGGUCAAGAGGACUACAGCAGGCUGAGGCCUCUGAGCUACAGGGGAGCUGAUGUCUUCAUCCUCUCCUUCUCCCUCACCAGCAGAGCAAGCUAUGAGAAUGUGCACAAGAAGUGGAUGCCUGAGCUUCGCCGCUACGCGCCCGGCAUUCCUGUACUUCUUGUUGGAACCAAGUUGGAUCUCCGAGAAGAUAGAGCUUAUCUUGCUGAUCAUCCAACUGAGUCCAUUAUAACAGCUGAGCAGGGAGAGGAGCUCAGGAAGCAAAUAGGGGCGGUGGCCUACGUGGAAUGCAGCUCCAAGACACAAAGGAACAUCAAGGCUGUUUUCGACACUGCCAUCAAAGCAGUUCUUCAACCUCGGAGGCACAAGGAGAUAGCCCGCAAGGAAACUCGGACAGGAGCCGGUCGGUCUGUAAGGCGGUACUUUUGCGGAAGAGCUUGUUUCGUGUAA